UUCUAUUCUAUUUUCUUUGCCUUGUACUUUGUAUAAAAAGGGUUCCCCAAGUACCAGUUAAUCAUCAUCUCAUCAUCUUCAGUAUCAGUGUCUCAUAGUAUCUCCCUCUCUUUCUCUCUCUGCCUUUCUGCAACUCAAAGCAACCAAAAGGACUCAGAUGGCUUCUCGUGUUGGGAUUCUAUUGGCUUCUGUGCUUGUCCUCUCCUGCUUGGCAGGAACCUCCUAUGGUGUCCUCUUCUCCUCUCUGAAACAAACUCUUGUUGUAACUACUACACAUGUUGCGGCAAACGGAACACUCCUGAAAGCUGGGGAAGACAAAAUCUCAGUAACAUGGGGAUUGAACCAGAGCCUCCCAGCCGGGACUGACUCGGCCUACAAGACCGUCAAGGUGAAGCUCUGCUACGCGCCGGUGAGCCAAGUAGACCGCGGGUGGAGGAAGACAGUGGACAACCUCGUCAAGGACAAGACCUGUCAGAAGAAGAUCGUCGCCAGGCCGUACAACGCCUCCACGGAGACCUUCGAGUGGACCAUUGAGCGUGACGUGCCCACCGGCAAGUACUUCGUACGCACCUACGCCUUCGACGCCGAAGGUGUGGAGGUGGCUUACGGCCAAAACACGGGAGCUAAGAAAGACUCCAACUUGUUCGAGGUGCAGUCCAUCACCGGCCGCCACGUGACGCUUGAUAUCGUCUCCGUCUGCUUCAGCGCUUUCUCUGUUUUGUCCCUGGCUGGGUUUUUCAUUGCUGAGAAGACGAGGGCAAAGUCGUCCAAAAGAAAUGUUGGCAACUAAGCCGAUUUAUGAGAAUGGGAAUCAGAAAAGUCCACCAAUGUUUGGUUGGUUCUAGUAUUACCUUCACUAGCUUUGUAAGAUUAUAGUCGUUGUUUUCCCAUAAGCAGUUAUGCAUUAUCAUGUUUUUAAUACUUUAAAUGUAUGAGAAGUUGAAAGUGAUCAAAUGUUGAGUCGAGUGUGGCUUAGGAAUGAAGAGAUGACAACUAUAAUUAGUACAAUAUUACGUCGACGUGCUAGAAUAGAAGGUCAUCACUAUCUUAUACUAUUACGAUGGUGUGUAUGAUGAUGAGCUUGCAUCCUUAAUGAAGUCAAUGCAAUGUUGUUGAUGUGAU